AUGUUGGGAUUGCGGACGCCAAGAUCAUUAUUCGAGAUUCUCAAACGCGAAAGACAGGGGCUUGCAGUAGAGCUCUGGCAGGCCCACAAUGAGAAUUUGCGCCUCUACCAUCAGUCCUACGAAUACUUCUGGGCUUGGCAAGAAGCCUACUGGAACACUCAGUACCAUUAUUCAUACAAUUUCUAA